AUGGCAUUGGUCCACCAACAAGUUCCUUCUGCUCAAUCUGCUGAAUCUGCUCCUACACAUGGUGCAUCUUCAUCUGCUCAACCUACACCAGCAGUAUCUCAAUCUGAAUCAGUUGGUCGUCAACCUGAGGACUCAAAUCCAAGACCACGAAACCCUUCCCAAAGGACAUGCAACAAGUAUUGGGUUGUUGAUGUGUUAGCUGAUAAUGGAAUGGCUGAUGAGGAGAGAUUAUGUGUGCGGGAUCUUUUGGUACUUCCUCCUCAUAAGAGGAAGAGAUUCGUUAUGGAUAAUGAUGACCACUACCAUUAUUGUAUGGGCAACAUGGGUAAGAAAUGGAAAGACAAUAGGUGGAGACUAGCCAAUGAAAUAUAUGAGAAAGAUAAAAAUUUUCAAGAAAACCUUGAUCUUUACCCUGAAGGCAUGACAAGAGAACAAUGGGCAAGUUUUUUGACAUACAAAACAAGUGAGAAGGCAAAGAAGUAUAUUAUUAUCAAUACUGCAAAUAGACAGAAACAAACAAUCCCACACACACUUGGCUCAAAGACGUUAGCAAGGAGGAAAAGGGAGCUGGAGAUACAAGAAGGACGCAAAUUUAGCAGAGGUGAGAUGUAUGCUGUUUCUCAUAUCAAAAAGGAUGGCAAUUUUGUGAAUGAGGAAGCUAGGCUAAAAAAUGAUAAUUUAAUUAUAGAGAUGGAUAAAGCCAAUUUCGAAGAUGAGGCUUUUGUAAAUGUGUUUGGGAAGGAGCACCCAGGUCGAGUUAGAGGCAUGGGUUUUGGGGUGGUCCCAAGCCAAAUCCGUAGAACAUCUACCAGUUCAGCCUCAACUUCUUGUAGUGGUCCUACACAAGCUGAGUAUGAUGCCCUGAAAGGAGAAUUGGACACUAUAAAAGGCAAGAUGGCUGAGUUUGAUACAUUGAAAUCGCAAAUGGCACAUUUUACUGAAAAUUUUGUUGGCCACUCACCAUCUAAUCAGGUUGUUGACUUGGGCUCUCCUGGAAUCAGAAAGUCCUCCCAUGCUAGUCAUGACCCUUCUGAUGGGCCAACUAUAUCAAAUCAAGCACCCCAACCACCAGAAUCCUAA